AUGGAAAGUAGUAAGGUUAUAAAAAUGAAAAAUAAUUUGAAUACUUUCGAAAUCUUUAUGAAUCAGUAUAUCGUAAAAUAUAAAAAUACUAAAGAAUGUUUUAUGUGUAAGCAUAAAAUCACAAGUAAUCAUAUUGAAAAAAUGGAAAAUAUUUGUCCUAAGAUGUGGAAAUAUUUUCAUGGAAUAAUUAACCAGCCACAAUGCCCUUUACAAAGUUUUGGAAAAGUUUUAAAAGUUAAAGAUUUGAGAUUUGAAGAGCUCGAAAAGUAUAAGGAAAGUUUGCAAAGGAAAUAA